AUGGCAAAGAAGAGAAAAUCUACGUCGACAAACCCUACAAUUUUGUCUCAAGAUAUCACAAUUGAAAUAUUCUCACGACUUCGUGUCAAGUCUUUAAUGCGUUUCAAGUGUCUUUCUAAAUUUUAUAAUUCCCUUGUAUCAGAAUCAUAUUUGGUGGACAUGCAUCAACGUCACUCUAUGAGCAAUCAUCUUGGUGAAAUCAAAUUCUUUGUGCUAGAUGUUGAAGGUUUUUAUAGCACAGAGGUGAAGAAAGGCGGAAAAGUGUCUAGAUGCAAUUUGGAUUUUCGUUACGACGACUUAUCGUACGCUAAUGGUAUGUUGUGCUUCUGGUUGAAAAAGAAGGAAUCUGUUAGAAUUUUCAAUCCCGGUACAAGAGAAGUGAAACAAUUACAUUAUCCUCUUCGCAAAUUGAAGGAAUUGCAUCUUUCAUCAGAUUAUGAAUGUAGAUUCAUAGUUUCAUUCGACCUUAAAACGGAAAAUUUCAAAACUAUCACGUUGUGCAAUGCUUUACGUUAUCAAUGGAGACGUGAUUACAAGCUGGUAGAAUUGAAGGGCAAAUUAGCCAUCCAGAAACGUUCCUCAAAGAGUGUGAAAUUGUGGAUUUUAGGUGACCCUCAUAGAGAGGAUUGGAAGAGUUACACCAUUUGCUUUCCUCCACACUUGAAGAAUAUUAUUACGUAUAAAAUCUUCAGUUGUUGUGAUUGUUAUGACGUUACGAAUAAUAGCUGGUAUGACGUUACGAAGAAAAGGUGGAAAUAUUUGAAAAUUUCAUCGUUUUCGGUAACAGAUUGGAUUGAGGAAAACAUCUAUACUUAUGUGAAAUGCCUCUUCCCAUUGAAAAAGAUUCGUAAUGUUUCUUAG